CCCUGAAAAUAUCGUGAGACAUUGAGUAGCGGACUCCCCAGCUAAGCCUUCCUUUGUAAUUUGCCCCAGUUCAUCAUCUUAGACCAGGAUCUAGCAAAUUUAGCUGCACUCUGAAGUUCAGAGACAAAAUCUGAAUCAUGGGAAACAUAUUUGGGAAUUUGCUGAAGAGCCUCAUAGGGAAGAAGGAGAUGAGGAUCUUGAUGGUUGGGCUCGAUGCUGCAGGAAAAACAACUAUCCUCUACAAGCUCAAGCUGGGUGAAAUUGUCACCACAAUUCCAACCAUUGGAUUUAAUGUGGAGACAGUGGAGUACAAGAACAUCAGCUUCACUGUGUGGGACGUGGGUGGGCAAGACAAGAUCCGUCCUCUCUGGAGACACUACUUUCAAAACACACAGGGUCUAAUCUUUGUGGUCGACAGUAACGACAGAGAGCGUGUGAACGAAGCGCGGGAGGAGCUGAUGAGGAUGCUUGCUGAGGAUGAGCUGAGGGAUGCAGUCCUCCUUGUGUUUGCCAACAAACAGGACUUACCAAAUGCCAUGAACGCGGCAGAGAUCACAGACAAGUUGGGCUUACACUCCCUGCGUCACCGCAACUGGUACAUCCAGGCCACCUGCGCCACCAGCGGUGACGGCCUCUAUGAGGGUCUUGAUUGGCUGGCCAAUCAACUCAAGAACAAAAAAUAGCAAGACACCGUGGAAACAUCAGCUGGCAGCCACACCCAUCCACCAUUCUAAUUGUUUUGAGAGUGGGGCAGUGAUAUUGGGGCGAAGGUUUUGGUUGAUAGGUGCAAAGCAAGUUUCAGAGUGUGAGGCAGGUUUUGGGUUUAAUUUUCAGUCUGUUCAGGUUCAUUUUUAAUUUUCAGCUCUUACAACAAACAGAUUUGCACGUACUUUAUACCUAAUCCCUCACACACACUUACAUACACACACAUGCUCUCUCUCACACACACAUACACAUGCACACACACAAACACAAACACAAACAGACCCUAACCACAAGCAAUCACAGCAGACACUUGCUUUUCCUGUGUCCACCUCUUGUCCAUAGCUGUACUGUAUGUUAGUCUGUAGGUGCUGUACUGAUUCGUAUGUGUGACUCCACUGAGUUGACAGUGAAUCAAAUAUGAUUUUUUUUUGUUGAUGUGUUUUUUUUUUUAGCUGUCAGAACCGUUCUGGGUCUGUUGCACUUCUUGUUCCCCCACAAACUCUUGUGGGGUAACAGAGCCAUGUUUGAGAACAAUCACAGCUGGCAGACUCAUGUCAUGUCCUGUAAUCCACUUUGCGCUUCCUUUUAAUUUGUGAGCAACGCUGAGGCAUUCUGUUACUUAGAUACAUGUGCAUGUGUACUGUGUUUGUGAAUGUGAAUCACAAACAUCACGUUCUACUACUUUGUCUUUGAUGGCCUGAAUUGCGCACACCGUGGUAGAUGCCACUUACAUGGCUUCAUACUCUUUAAUCCUCUGCAUGAUCAUCAUGUUCUGGUGCAGAAACCAAUCGGACAACACGUCCUGCUUAUUAGUUGUCAACAUGUGCUUGUAACAGUGUGGUCAGCUUUAUGAGGAUACUUCAAAAAGUUCUCAGCCUCACCUGGAUAACGUCACAGGAGAACGAUUGUUCUUUCCAUCAGUCUCUUUUUCAUUAUCACUCUGAAAACCGGCUUUCAGUUUGGGAAACAGUUCAAAGCCACAUUUGCAUACUUCUGCGAUCUUCUUGUCCAUUUGUUGGUUUGUCUCUCACCUACAGAAAGAUUUUCAAAUAAUGUGGACAGUAAUUGAAUGUUAGAAAGCACAUGUUAAGCUGCCGCUAGGCGUUAGCAGUACCCCAAAUACAGACACAAUAACUAGUCAAAAGUAAAAUCAAAAAAUCUUUAAUUUCAAAACGUGAAAUAAAUGACGCAGUCCAAAAACAACAAAAAAAUGACAGCAAGGAGUGAGUGAGGGGUGGCAAUCAGAGUAAUAUGCUGCAGGUGAGCUAGAGGGAAACCAGGUAAAGGGGUUUCUCCAGCCAGACUGCAGGGAAAAAAACAAGCAGACACACCCACAAACACACCCUGAGUGGGUGUGCAGAUGGGGGAAACAGACAGACAGCCAUGUAACAGGAGGGGAAAGGGGAAGAGAGACUUCUUCUAACAGUAUACAGUUCUGCUGCCGUUGUUCCUAAGUGAGGCCAAGACCUUUUAGAAGUACUCCUGUGUAAUUCAGCAGUAUAUAAGUUUACCUGCACAUAAACAGCACAGCACACAUGACCUGCAUAAAAGCUGCUUGUCUGCCAUCUUGUGUGCAUAUGAGUAUUCAAACUGCCUCAGGUUGCUCUCGCUGUAUAUGUUUGUUUGUUAUUCCUCGGAGGGUUUCCGGUGAUUCUGUUGCCAAUACGUCUGUGUUUUCUGAAUGUGAAUAUUGUCGAUGAGUCUAUAAGUUGCUGUACUGAUAUUUAUUUGACAUGCAGUUUCCUCUAUGUUUGUGUAAUUAUGUGAAAGGAAGCAGAGUAAGGCGACCAGUAUGUGAGUGUUGUAGUUUUUAGAAAUUCACCCACACAUCCACAAACUCACCUCUGAACAGCAAAGGAAUUCCCGCGUCACCUCUGAUACCAGCAGAAUCCACAGAUUAAUGUCAAUAAAACCAUAUCUGUGUGCCAUACAUGGGUACUCUCACUCACACAGUGGUGACAGUACAACACCUACUCAUUAAUGAGUUGUUGAUAGUCACCAUCUAUUCCAUGUUAAAUCGUGUCUUUAAAUUUGGGUUUUGUGGCCUUAUAUUCAGUAACGACUUCACGUUGAUUUCCUCCCAGCUCGUUUGGCUCUGACUCAGUCACACAUACAGUAUAUAUCAUAUAUUUAUCUACAGUUUGCUAUAAAGAAUGAUUUCUCUUUUGCCCUCCACAGGCAGGUUUUGCACCGCAGUUCGAGAUAAUUAGGCAAAGGUUUUUUGUCUGACAGUAUCUUUUGUUUUGCCUGUUUACUUGAUUCAUAUUUGAUGGUAUAGUUUUUUUGUUUGUUUGUUUUGGGGUGUAAUGAACCUUCGAUGUAGACUGUCUCUGUGAAAUGACAAUGAUCAGUGCAAACAACAACAAAAAAAGGGAAAAAAAGUACCUCUGAUGAUUCAUUCUGUACCGUUACAGUUACACUAGUAGAUUAAAAAAAAACAAAAAACGAUAAAAGACUCACUGCUGAAUGCAUGGGAACAUCUGUAUGUGACGAUGUAAGACAAACUAAAUCCUGCUGUAUUACAAAUAAACUCAUUUUCUGUA